AUGGCCACAACCACCACAACGUUCUCCAAAACCCUCCAAUCCCUAACCCAAAGCAAGAUCCGCGAGCUAGAAAAGCAACGCAUAGCAUACGAGUCCUCCAAGUCCCGAGUGCUUGCAGCAGCAGCUCACCAAACAGACCCGCGAGACAGGGUAGCAUGUAUUCUACAGGGCCUAAAGGCACUCCGCUCUGACGACGACAACGCAAGGGAUUCCAAAACAGCCAACAUUGAGCGGUGGCUGAACCAGGCGCGCUAUGACUCUUCCAUUCCGGAGGCGAAGCUGGACUCGUUCCAGGAACAUCUGGUCGCCAAGCUGGAUGCUCAUAGCAUGAGAUUGAACAUUGCGGAUCUGUAUUCUCGGCUGCUUACGGAGUGGAUGGACCUUUCUCCUUCUUCUCCUGGGUCAGACCAGAUCCCCAACGAAGAGGAGGAUUAUUUGGUAGUUGAGGAGCGACAGAAGCAGCGGUUGCAGCAGCUAUGUGAUCAGUUUGAAAGGGUGGUGUUCGAGCCGUUGGAGACCGAUGAGGAUGAGAUUCAUGCGUUUCUCGAUGGUCUGUUUCCUGACGACGACAGCAGGAUUGCUCUGGAUAAGCUCAGGGAGAAAGUUGGCCGCAAUUGUUCUGAGCUGUGGCACAAAACGGAUCCCUUUAAUAUAUAUUCCAUCCGGUCCUGUAUCCGUGGACUCCUGACAGAGGACCUUCUCAGCGAGGAAAAACAGGGGAUUCUGAAAUACUGCUUGGAGAAUAACGUUGCGUUGACUGAAAUCGUGGACGUUCUGAACAUGCGAUACGCAGACCUAAAGAAUUGGGACUGGCACGCCGAAGACGGGAUCCCGGUUUUGCCUCGCCAACAACUGAACGGCAAAUAUCGCAUCUGGAUCGAUGACGACGUUCUCCAGACCAUUUUCGCCCAGUACAUUGCCGUCCGUCUGUGCUCCAUGAUCAAAGCCAUACUGAAAGAGUUCAUUGAGAAGAAAUCGGUCUGGAAUUGGCGUCCAAGCCCACGAAUGACAGAACGGGAUGGCCUGCGCCGACAGUUCUACCUGAGUGAUUACGACCGAAUCAGCAAUAUCGAAACGAGCCGCAAGAACGACUACCUGGAGUCUGAUUUCCUGUUUCAUAUGCCUCUGACUGAGACAUCGUUAUCGGAACGGGGUAUGCUAUACGAUGAUGAGAACAAUGAAGACAGCGCAGACAGCAGCAUCGAUGGGCCGUCGAACAUGAAACAGCAGCUCCUGCGGAAGGUCGCAUCCCAGAUCCUGCUUGAACGUCAAAUCUAUGGUCAAGCAGCGGUGGUCCAGUCGGAUAUGAAAUGGUACGCUACUGCGCUGCCGCACAGCACCAUUCUCGCCGUGAUGAGGUUCUUCGGCUUUCCGGCUGAAUGGCUGGCAUUCUUUCAGAAGUACCUCGCAGCUCCAUUGAACUUGGAUCAUUCCGCCGAGGGACGGAUGCAUACUGGACCUCGUGCUCGCAGGCGUGGUGUUCCCAUUUCCCACGCGAUGGAGAAGUUGACAGGAGAGCUGGUACUCUUCCCUAUGGAUCUGGCUGUUAACCGGGAGACAGGCCUGCUCCUUUACCGCAUCCACGACGACCUGUGGGUUUGCGGCAAGCCAGACAAAUGUGCACGGGCCUGGGAGGUCAUGCAAGAGUAUGCUCAAGUAACCGGCCUGGAAUUUAACCGGGGUAAAACAGGCUCAGUCUACCUCACAGACAACCUGGACCCCGAGAUCGCAGCUCGCCUUCCCACAGGCCCGGUCACAUUCGGAUUCCUAACCCUCAACGCAAAAUCCGAAACCUGGGAGAUCGACCAAGCACAGGUCGAUGCACAUGUUUCCCAGCUUCGGAAACAGCUCAGCAGAUGCGACAGUGUUAUUUCCUGGGUCCGAACGUGGAACAGCUGCAUCGGGCGCUUCUUCAAGAACACGUUUGGGCAGCCCGCGCACUGCUUCGGGCGCGCACAUAUCGAUGCCAUUCUCUCUACAUACGGGAAGAUGCAAAAUACGCUGUUCAACGGCGUGAGCGACCAGAGUGGCAACACGGUAACAGAACAUCUGCGAAGAAAAAUCGAGUCUCAGUUCGGGGUGUCCGACAUUCCAGACGCAUUCUUCUUCCUCCCCGCCGAGCUCGGCGGCCUAGGCCUGCGCAACCCGUUCAUAUCGGUCCUGCUCAUGCGAGACUCAGUGGAACUAUCCCCGAUCGAGCGUAUUGAACGCUUCAAAAGGACAGAACGCGAAAGCUACGCCUUCGCAAAGAAAACCUUCUCCGAGACGUCCGAGAAAACACGCCGCCGUCGCGCCGAAACCAUCAACCCCCGGCCCAAGUCAGGGGAGCCCUUAGUUAUCACCGAGGCGGAGAUAAACACCUUCAUGUCCUUCGAGGAGUACACCCGAUAUCGGGAAUCGCGUAGCAACAGCCUCCGGCUCUUAUAUGAGGACCUGAUGGUGGUUCCGUAUACAAAGCUCAUCCAGAUAACACAGGAUUGUCGCGAUGCCCUUGAUGCGGUUUCUGGGCAGUUCCGAUUGUCUAGGCAAGGUCCCGAAGUGAAGUGGAUUUUGCAGCUUUAUUCGGACGAUGUCUUGAAACGAUUUGGCGGGAUGACUCUGGUGGAGAAGCGGUUCUUGCCGGUUGGUGUUUUGGCAAUGAUGAAGGAGAAGAGGGUGAAGUGGAAUAUGGUUUUGUAG